UGCGUCAGACGGCCGCCAUUUUCCCGGAGCCUGAUGUAUGGGAAGCCCAUACGUGUGGCUCCGGUAAGAUGUCCCCUGCAGAGCACUCAGUGGCUGGUAUCGCAGGCUGAGGAGGGAGGCGGGGGUGUGACGGAGUCUUGCCGGCUGCUCAGGAUUAUGCUCCACCUCUACUCCCGCCUGCUUCGUGGAGGCGCUGUCUUUGGUCACCUGACCUCGUGGUCACACACAGGCCCCUCACCUCUGCGCUGCUUUUCGGUCAGCCACUCAUGUCAUGGACAUCGGGACUACAGUCUGCCCAACGCAACGUGGAGCCGCCACACCCAAGAAUUAUACCGUAAGUACGAGGAGCUGAGCAAGAUCGGCGCAUGGAGGAGGAUCCCAUCAUAUAACAGCACGGUGCACCACAUGGCAGAUGCGCCCCCAAAGGAGAACAGGGUCACCCGCCUCUUUACCAGGAAUCUGGACCAGGACGGGGUGGGCUUCGAGUACAGCAUGUUUUACAAUGUGGCAGAGAAGAGGAUGAUCUGUGUAUUCCAGCCAGGCGACUACCUGGAGGGGCCCCCAGGGUACACGCAUGGUGGCUGCAUCGCUACCAUCUUGGACAGCAACCUCGGGGCAGCAGCUAUGUACAUCUGUGGGAAAGUCAUGACUGCCAACCUGAAUAUCAACUACCUGAACCCCGUCCCCUUAGGUUCUACUGUGAUUGUGGACAGUCAUGUGGAGAAGGUAGAAGGUCGGAAAGUGUACACAAGAGGCCAGGUCCGGAGCCACGAUGACCAGAUCCUGCACACAGAGGCCACGGGCCUCUUUAUCAAGUUGAACCUGUGGGAGGUGGAGCGCAGUACGGACUGAUUAUACCAGUCUGCGUGUGCUGACCGGGACGGCAGACGGCUCCUCGGGGGCAGUCACCUGGGUAUAAGCAUCCUCUUCAGGAUCCAGCCUCCUCCUGUACUGUAUGAAACGUGAAAAUCCACUGGAUGAAGAGUCUUCUGUAUCUUGGGAGAUGGCCGUAACCCGAGCUCUCCACUUGAAGGUGUAUUAUUUAAGAGGACCACUAGAGGACACACCAUUACACUCUUUACUGCAUCUUUGGAUGUGACUAGAGCAAUAUUCCCCAACCUCCUGCUCUCUCGAUCAGGGUCUCUCAACUCCGGUCUUCAGGACCCACCUACCGGUCAGGAUUUGAGAACAGAAUGAAUACCUGUGGUAAGUCCUGAUGCAUGGACACUAAUUAUAUCACCUGCUCAAUACUAAGGUCCUGAGGACCGGAGCUGAGGAACCCUGCUCUAGAUGCUGCAAAACUAGAAACUCUGGGCAUGCUGAGAAUUGUAGUUCUACAAGAGCUGGAGAGCCACUAUGUAAUACCUCUUAUCUGUAUAGUCUUCUGUGUGAUGGACAGUCACACAGGUCAGUGUAUUAAAGGGCCAUCCCUGAAUAAAGUACUGUGUAA